AUGCCGCCGUCCGGAAGCGGUCUUCCGAAAGGAAAACGCAAGCGCCACAUCUUCGGCACCGAUAACUAUGGCGACUUCCUCAAGUCAAAACGAAGCGUAGUGCGCAUCAUGAAUGAUGAUGAACUUUGUUGUGCUCGAGCUAUCAUAGUAGCUAAAGCCAUAGAGGAUGACCACCCACAAGUAAAAUCCAUCAAAGAUUCCCGGAAGCCAUUACAAAAACAGCUGGCACAACAAUUACAAGAAGAAGUGCGCGUUCCUCUAGGUCCUUGUAGCCUAGACCAAAUAAAACUCUUUGAAAUCAUAUUGUGCGACUACCAGUUCGUCGUCAUAUCUGCCGAACAUGGUCAUUCUAUCGUUCACAAAGGACCGGAAAGCAACAAGCAGAUUAAACUAUUGAUGCAUGAUGGGCAUUUCGACGUCGUAACCAAACUUCCCGGGUUCUUCGGCUCUAACUAUUACUGCCUUCGAUGCGAGAAAGCUUACACGACAGAAGACUACAAUCAUCACUCAUGCCGUAGAACCAAAUGUCAUGCCUGCUUUCAGUUCCAUUGUCGCGACUACGAACUUCUCAAGCAUACAAAGAAACCAGAACUACCUUGCAAACACUGCAAUCGUCAUUUCUAUGGUGUUACCUGCCAAUUGAAUCAUCUGACUCAAAAAGCCAAUGGAAAAGCUGUAGCACCUGGGGAAAAAAAUGUGUGUGAUUCCCACAAGAAAUGUUCCAUCUGUUCCCAUGUAUUCACAUCCAAUGCAGAAGAACACAUGAAACAUUGCGGAUUACAGUACUGUCCGAGCUGUGAAAAAGAAGUCAACAUUCUUCAGCACAAGUGUUACCUGCAAGCUGUCACGCACGAACAAAAGAAGAACAAACAGCGCACCAUCUUCGUAUACUUCGAUAUUGAAGCGCGACAAGACACAGGCAACCAUGUGGCUAACCUUGUGUGCGCAGAAACAGAUCAAAACGACACGCAAUUUACCUUCGAAGGUAAAGACUGUGUACAUGAUUUCAUACAAUGGGUUCACUUAUUAGCUAACCAAGAAGACGUGGAGAAAGUCAUCGUAGUGGCACAUAACUUCAAAGGCUACGAUGGUUACUUUAUCCUCGAUGAACUUUACAAACAGCACACUACCAAUCUAAAACAAAUCGAGAAUGGUGCCAAGAUCCUCAGUUUGGAAUUACCCAACAUAAAGUUCAUCGACUCCAUGAACUUUUUCCCCAUGGCAUUGUCCAACUUCCCUAAAACAUUUGGUCUAAAUGAAAUGAAGAAAGGCUUCUUCCCACAUUUCUUCAACACUCAACAAAACCAGAUCUACGAGGGGUACAUGCCAGAAAAAUCCUACUACGACCCCGAUGGGAUGUCCCCUCAAAGAAAAGAAGAAUUCGACAAAUGGUACAACGAGAAAGUAACCGAAAGAUAUAUUUUUAAUUUCCAGCACGAACUGUUGGCGUACUGUCAAUCCGAUAUAAGGCUGUUGAAACAGGGGUGUAUGAAGUUUCAGUCCCAGUUCCAUGAAAUUUGCGGCUUCAACCCUAUGGUGCAUUGCAUAACAAUUGCCUCUGCCUGUAAUGUGGCCUACAGAAAAAAUUGA